AUGCAACUCACAAAUAAUAUCACGGCUACCGUGGCGCUGCUUGCAGGCCUUUCGGCAGCGGCACCACUCGAGCGUCGAGGCUUUUCCGCCCUUCUCCCAACCAGCCCGGAGGAUAUCAAGCAGGUCCAGAUAGACGCUCGUGGUUCUCUACCAAACUCGCCGCCGCCGCCAAAGCUGGAGCAGAGCAGUUUGACAGCGUUUCAACUCAUUCAGUUCAACGAGCAAUUCGAGGUCGCCUUUUUCUCCUCCAUGCUUGAAAACGUCACCAAUGGAGGAAAUGGUUGGGACGCUCCGGAUAAGGACAAGCUGAUAGACGCGCUCAAAGUCGUGGUUGCUCAAGAAAAGCUUCAUGCGCUCGAUGCCAAAGGCGUCCUCGAUCACUUCAAGGCCUUCUCGCCCCCGCCCUGCCAGUACCAGUUCCCGACAGACAGCUUGAGGGACGCCGUCUCGCUUGCCGAAACCUUCACAUCCGUCGUCCUGGGCACCCUUCAAGAUGCGAAUCAGCUGCUAGCAAAGAACGGGGACGCUGGCCCCGUCCGGGCCGUGAGCGCAGUCAUCGGCCAGGAAGGCGAGCAGAACGGCUUCUACCGCAGCUAUUUGUCACACCCACCGUCGUCGCAACCGUUCCUCACGACCUCGAUCGCUCCAUUCGCCUACUCCGCGCUGCAAGCCUUCGUCGUCAAGGACUCGUGUCCGUUCAAGCUGACAGACAUCGACAUUCCCAUCUUCGCCCCGUUGGUAGUCAAGCAGAUGGUGGAUGGUGGGGAGGUCAGGGCCAUGAACCAGAAACUCAGCUUUUCGGUCGACCUGAGGCAGCUCAUCACCGCCGGCAGAUUCCUGGGAAAGGACACCGGAGCCCUUUUCGUCACGUAUCUGAGCGGGCUCAACGUGCCGCUCAGCGUUCCCGUUCAAAACCCGCAGUGGGAAGGGUCUAAAAUCACGUUUGAUGCCGAUUUCCCAUUUGAGCAGAACAGCAUGUUUGGCCUGUCGAUUGCGGCUCUUACUUUUGACAAUGGCUUCGCCAGCCCUGACGACGUUGCGAAAUCAACGCUGGCAGGCCCUGGGUUGAUUCAAGUCAACUGA